CAGAAACAUGUGGGCUGGUGAUAGUUUACUUACAUGAGAUGAUGUUGAUCAUGUAGUUUGGUCAAGGACGUACAACAGCGGGCGACGCCCAGCGAUUUAAGAAACCACGAGUAUUUGGCAAAUGCUGCUUCAGAAAAGGUGGAUUUGGAAAAGUGGGCACGCAGCGCUGCAAGUGCACCUGAUCGUAUCGAUAUAUCCAAGCUCCAGUCAACAUCCAGUACCAAUAGCCAGUCGUCUUAGAAAGACCUCCCGGAUACAUAUCUCUCUCUACACUACCCCUCUCGACACACACACACAUAUCUCUUUCUCACACACACACACACUCUCUCUUUCUCUCUGUGUGUAUAUCUCUAAGACCCACACACGCAUGCACCACCCGCACUCGUAAAGCGACCAUCUUCUCAUAUAAAUAAAUAUAUAUAUAUAUCUUUCUCCUUCUUAUAUAAAAAUAUACAUAGCAACAACGCCACCCUUC